AUGGCAAAACAAAAUGUAUCCAUUAUACUCGUCCCCGGCUCCUUCGCCACCCCUCCCCUCUACAACCCCCUCCUCGACACUCUCCACAGCCAAGGCUUCAACGCCCAAGCCAUUAAUCUCCCCUCCGCCAACGACGGCUCAGUCCUACCAGCACCCACCGCAGCAGACGACGCAGCCCACAUCCGCCAAGCCAUCCUCUCCCUCCUCGACGACUCAGCCCACGCCCAAAACGUCGUCCUCGCCCUCCACUCCUACGCCGGCAUCCCAGGCUCCACAGCCGUCCGGGGCCUCAGCCGAGCCGACCGCGCCGCACAGGGCAAAUCAACCGCCGUGGUCGGGGUGGUGUACAUAGCCUCGUUCGUGCUUCCCCUGGGCCGUAGCCUGCGCGCCUUCAUGUCUUCUAUGGAUGCCAUGCCCGAGGGGCCCGCGCGGGAUGGCGUUCCGGGCGGGUACAUGCCCGCGCUGGAGGAAGAGGCCAUUCCCUGGGCGUUUUCGGACGUCGAGGACGAGGAGGCGAGGUGGCGGUGGGCCGGGAUGAUGACGGCGCACAGCUCGGAUAGCUAUGAUGGGCCUGUGGAGUAUGAGGCCUGGAAGGAGAUCCCGAGCGUGCAGAUCAUCCCGGAGAAUGAUGUGGUUUGUCCGACGCAUGUGCAGGAGAAGAUGCAUGAGGGGGCCAGGGCUGCUGGGGGGGUUAUUCGGAGGGUGUUCUUGAAGGGGGUUGGGCAUAUGUUGGUGCUCACUCAGCCGGAGCUUGUUGCUGGUGAGAUUGUCAAGAUGGCGGGGGAGGAGGCGGUUUGA